CACACACAUAAUACUACUACAGGCCAACCAAAAGUUCCGAUGAAGAAGUCCAAAUUCUUCUCAAAAUAAAAAGAGUGAAUUCUCACCCUUCAAAAAGGGUCAAACCCCCCUCAAAAAGGCCCAAAAAAAAGUUUUUGCCAUCUGUGUUGGAUUUCCUCCUGUAUUAAACUCCGCCGCUUCCUCUCCCCCCCACCACGACCACACCUCGCGUCGAGCACCUGCCCGUCCCACCACCUCCCAGAUGCGCCCAAGCCUCCUCCUUUCUUACUAGAGCCCACCCGCCGUCGCGUCCCCCCCCCUUCCCCCCCCCCCCCCCCCAACUCUCACGAACCCCCCUACCUGCCCUCAUCGCUCGCUCCCAGUACGCAUCUCACGCUCCUCGGUCCUUGGCGUCGCCGUUUCUUGCGCCGGCGGAUGCGCUCGCGCCCCCGCCGCGAAUCCAGGUGCCCCGCGUCCCCGUCGCACCGCCAGGAUCUAGGCCGUGAGCAAUGGCGGCUGUGGCACCACCGCUGUGCACCUGGCUCGUCGCGGCAUGCUUGUCCGCGGCCUGCGGCGCUGACGACAAGGAGAAGCAGCGGAGGCACCGCGUAGGUGGCGUCGGGGGACUGUUCGGCUCACGCCGCCGCCUCGGUGCCUGUCGCCGCGGCGGGGCGCGUUCUGGAAUGGCCAUGGCUAUUGCUUUGCAUCCUGAAAGGGGAGCUGUGGAAAACAAGAAAAAUGAUAUCAAAAGGAGGGUGGUUGUCACUGGCAUGGGUGUAGUGACGCCAUUAGGCCAUGAUCCCGAUGAAUUCUACAAUAACCUUCUACAGGGUCUCAGUGGAAUAAGCGAGAUAGAAGCAUUCGACUGCUCUAACUAUCCCACGAGAAUUGCGGGAGAAAUCAAAUCAUUUUCGACAGAUGGUUGGGUUGCACCAAAGCUAGCUAGGCGAAUGGACAAGUUCAUGCAAUAUUUGGUAACUGCUGGAAAGAAAGCAUUGGAAAAUGCUGGAAUCACUGAAGAAAUCAUGAACGAUUUGGAAAAAUCAAGAUGUGGGAUUCUCAUUGGGUCUGCUAUGGGUGGCAUGAAGGUUUUCAGUGAUGCGAUUGAAGCAUUGAGAGUCUCCUACAAGAAAAUGAACCCAUUUUGCGUACCUUUUGCUACUACAAAUAUGGGUUCUGCAAUACUUGCUAUGGAUCUGGGCUGGAUGGGCCCAAACUACUCUAUUUCUACGGCUUGUGCUACCAGUAACUUCUGCAUUCUGAAUGCAGCUAAUCAUAUCAGAAAGGGGGAAACUGAUGUGAUGCUCUGUGGUGGUUCUGAUGCACCAAUCAUCCCAAUUGGAUUGGGAGGUUUUGUGGCCUGUAGAGCUCUUUCACAGAGAAACAGUGAUCCAACAAAAGCUUCUCGGCCUUGGGAUGUGGAUCGUGAUGGAUUUGUCAUGGGAGAAGGGGCUGGUGUGCUUGUUUUGGAAGAACUUGAGCAUGCAAAGCAAAGAGGUGCGGAAAUAUAUGCUGAAUUUUUGGGAGGAAGCUUCACAUGUGAUGCAUACCACAUGACAGAGCCACAUCCUGAAGGGAAAGGGGUUAUUCUUUGCAUUGAAAAAGCAUUAGAAGAUGCAGGAGUAACGAAGGAAGAGAUUAACUAUAUAAACGCCCAUGCAACAUCUACACAGAUGGGUGAUUUGAAGGAAUUUGAAGCUCUCAUCCGUUGUUUUGGCCAGAAUCCUCAGCUAAGAGUGAACUCAACAAAGUCAAUGACAGGCCAUUUGCUAGGAGCUGCAGGUGGAAUAGAAGCUGUCGCUGCUAUACAAGCUAUAAGAACAGGUUGGAUCCAUCCAAAUAUCAAUCUGGAUAACCCGGAGAAAAAUGUGGAUGUCAGCAUGCUAGUGGGUCCACAGAAGGAGAGAUGUGAUGUGAAGGUGGCGCUAUCAAACUCAUUUGGAUUCGGCGGGCACAACUCAUCGAUUUUGUUUGCACCCUUCAAGUGAUCUCUGUUGACGAUUUGCUUUCUUGUGGUUGGUACACAUCGUGGAAUUGGGACCUUUUAUAAGACUACCAAGCUCGGCAAUUUUUCCUGUACUGUAAAACUACGAAGAAAUCCAAGCUUUGUAGAAUAUAUUGUCAUACAACAGACGAAAGAUAGCUGUUGGGGUUCAUUUGUAAUAGAAAAGCGAAACUAUCCCAAGGGAGGGUGUGUCCGUUCAGAUGUACCAGGUGCCAUUUGACCCAUUUUAUUUUGUUUCGGAUGCUUAUUGUAUUUGUCAUAUAUGAACUUUAUUGGGGGCGGUAAUUUUUGGUGUAGCCGUUUGCCCGACAGAUACAGUGAUUUUCUUACAGAUUCAGCACAAAUUGCCUGGUUGAUCUCUUUUUGCA